AUGUCCGUCGUCUCUCUCCUUGGGGUUAAACUCCUCAACAACCCGGCUACGUUCCUUGCGCCGUAUCAAUUUGAGAUCACUUUCGAGUGCCUGGAGCAGCUCCAAAAAGAUCUGGAAUGGAAACUCACCUAUGUCGGUUCGGCAACUUCUUCUGAAUACGAUCAAGAAUUGGAUUCCGUGCUCGUCGGACCCAUCCCCGUCGGUGUCAACAAGUUCAUCUUCGAGGUUAACCCUCCGGACCUCAAACGGAUCCCCGAUUCCGACAUCCUUGGAGUUACUGUGAUCCUCCUCACCUGCAGCUACGAUGGCAGAGAGUUCGUCCGUGUGGGAUACUACGUGAACAAUGAAUAUGAUAGCGAGGAGCUUCGGGCGGAACCCCCUGCGAAGCCAAUCAUCGAACGGAUCGCCCGAAACAUCCUCGCUGAGAAGCCCCGUGUGACCAGAUUCGCAAUUAAGUGGGAUUCCGAAGAGUCUGCUCCGGCGGAAUACCCGCCCGACCAACCCGAGGCCGACAAUUUGGAUGAUGACAGCAAUGCCUACGGUGCUGAAGAGACCGAACUCGAAGCCGCUCUGUUUAAAGAACUCAAAGACACCGAGUCGCAAGGGCCCAAGGGCGAGGACCAUGAAAUGGAAGGCGCUGAACCUGCCGCUGGCGAGGAGGAAGAAAUUUCUGACGGUGAGAGUGAGGAUAUCGAGGAUGAAAGUGACGAUGACGACGAGGAAGAUGAGGAGGAGGGCGCUGAUGGUGAAGAGGAUAUCGAGAUGGGCGAUGACUCGGAACAACACAAAGCGGCACCUGGACCUCAGCAGCAAGCCGACGUUAUGGUCCACUAA